AGCGGGAGAGCGCUUAAAGGGGGCCACGGCGGCGCGAGGCUACAGUCGCUGCCUUCGUGAGGGACGGGAGCAGCGCGAGCGGCUACCACCUCCCCUCAGCUCCACGGCCAUGGCCAUGCUCCUGCCGCGCCGCGCCGCCGUCACUAGAGGGAUGGAGAAUGCAGGUGUUGAACUUAGAAGCAAAGCCAAACCUCACCUGGCAGCUGGUAAAAGGGCUGCUUUGGAAGAAAUUGGAAAUAAAGUUACAACAAGAGGAACGCAUGCAGCCAAGAAAACAGAAUGCUCCAAAGCAUCCAUAAAGCCUACAAAAGGACCUAGUAAGAGGCCAGAUCCAAUUGCACUGCAUAAACCUCCAGCUGCUCUGAAACAAACAUUCAAAGAAACCAGUGAUCCAAAGGUUCCAUCUCCUGUCCCUAUGGAUAUAUCUAUGCAAGAGAAGGAUAUGUGCCAAGCAUUCUCUGACAUGUUGCUCAAUAAUGUAGAAGACAUCGAUGCCGAGGACUGGAGGAAUCCCCAGCUGUGUAGUGACUACGUGAAAGAGAUCUAUCUGUAUCUGAGGGAGCUUGAGUUGCAGCAAUCGAUCCGCCCGCAAUACCUUGACGGGAAGGUGCUCAAUGGGUGUAUGCGUGCACUUUUGGUCGACUGGCUUGUCCAGGUCCACUCAGGACUUGGACUUAUGCAGGAGACACUGUAUAUGUGUGUUGCAAUUCUAGACCGCUUCUUACAAAGUCAUCCAGUACCUCGUAAGACCCUUCAGCUGGUGGGUGUAACAGCACUGUUUCUAGCUUCAAAAUACGAAGAGUUGAUGUGUCCAUGUGUAGACGACUUUGUUUACAUUACUGACAACGCCUACACCAGUGAUGAAGUUAGACAAAUGGAGAUUAUGAUUCUUAAAGAGUUAAACUUCAGUAUAGGAAGACCUCUUCCGCUUCACUUCUUAAGAAGGGCAUCAAAAGCUGGGGAGGCCGAUGUCCGGCAGCACACACUAGCAAAAUACCUCAUGGAGCUGACACUGAUAGACUACGACAUGGUUCACUAUCGUCCUUCAGAGAUUGCAGCUGCUGCGUUAUGCUUGUCCCAAAAGAUUCUGGGAUGCAACAAAUGGGGUACAAAGCAGCAGUACUACACGGGCUACACAGAAGAGAGUCUGGAGACAGCUAUGAAACAUAUGGCCAAGAAUGUGGUCAAAAUAAAUGAGUCGUUAACCAAAUACACUGCUGUAAAGAAGAAGUACGCAGCUGGCGAACUACUGAAAAUCAGCACAAUCCCUCAGCUCAGCAGCAACACCAUCAGGGACCUGGCUUUGUCGCUCCUGUGAUAACCCUGGGCAGCUGCUGGUUUAUGAACUUUGUCUUCAUUUGCCUUUUGAGGCAAAACUACUGCUUUUUGUACAUAGCAUUCCUGCCUUACUACAGACAAUUCGGACUCAGUCGGAUGGUGAAAUUUUAAACUUGAUUUGUAAUACAACUCUCUACGUAGAAAUAAAGGUAUUGUGACUCUGAGGCA